CGGUCUUUUAAUCUGUAUUGUGAGCUAUUGUGCUACGCUUCUUGUAUCUUGCCUGUGUAUUGUCGUGAAAUAAAUAAUAAAUAUCAUAUAAAAGUCGUAGUUUUCCCUUGAGUGUAAAAUUUUGAUAUUUGUUGGGAACAUUUAAUCACAAAUAGGUUGUCGCGUUUUUUGAUCGAGGUCACCUAAGGUUCAGUGAGCAAAGAACGCGUUGUGUGUGCGUCAUAACUUUUAACCUUACUUCAUUUUGUGACUGUGGUGUUUAUUCGUCAAUAUUCACCGUAAUUAUAAUAAAACAAUGCCUAAAAACGGCGGAAGGAUAAGAAAUUUCAAAAACAGUGAACAUUUUGAACAUGAUGACCGCAUGCACACUUCUGGAACGAGGCGUGUUAGUUUUAAACCAGGCACGAAUAAAGGAAAAAAUAAAUGGAACAAUGCCAAACUGUUAUUGGAUGAUGAUAUCGACAUGACUGGGUCUGCUGGAGGACCCCAUGCACAUCGCAAAGGAGCAUUCAGAGGCCGUGGAGGCCGGUUGAACUCGCCGGCGCCUAGAUCAGGUCAUGGAAUUAACAAAAAGAAAUUCGUCCCUGGUCCUCUACCCUGGUACCAAAUUAUCAUACCGUAUGGAGCCAAACAUGAGAAAGAUGUGAUUCUGAGGACUCUACUCAGCUUCAUUUCGCCAGAUAUCUUUGUGCCUCACUAUUACAAAAUCAAUGGCAAUGCAGCAGUCUUCUAUGUGGAUGAUGUGAAACUCGCUGAAAAGCUCUUCCAAGCCGACAGAAAGAUUACUAUGUCCGAUGGCUUCAAGUUGAUGGUAAUUGUUCGGAAUACGGUUCCAAGUGUAACUGUUGAUGCAGAGCUGAAGGAGAAAAUGAAAUUGGCAAUGGCUAAGAGAUAUAAUGCUGUUACAAAGGCGCUAGACUUGACAAAGUUUCAUGCGGAUCCAGAUUUGGCAGAUGUAUUCUGUGCCUUAUUCCGCCCAGUAGUCAUGUUGGAAGCUAUCAAUAUCAUUGCUGAGAACAUUCCAGAUCUUGAGGCUUUGAACCUCAAUGAUAACAAACUCCAUGGCAUCGAGCACCUGAAGGUCCUACCUAACAAGUUGAAGAGUUUGAAGAUCCUGUACAUGGGUGACAACAGAAUUCCAUUCCUCGGCUCCCUGGAACCAUUGAAGGCGCUACCGCUGGUGGAGUUGUACCUGAAAGGCAAUCCUUUGCUGAACAGGUUUAGCGACCAUGAGAUCUACGUCAGCGAUGUGCGGAAGAAGUUUCCCAAGCUGACGAAACUGGAUGGAGUGGACCUGCCCCCCGCUAUCGGAUUCGACGUUCUAGAAGAUGUGACUCUGCCACCGCGCCAGCAGUCGUUCUUAGUGGACCCUGCUGGCCAAGACUUGGUUCGAGAGUUCCUAACUCAGUACUUCGCUAUUUAUGAUGCGGAGUCUCGUCAACCCUUGCUGGAAGCCUACCAUGAACAUGCUACUAUGUCCAUGGCAGCUAGUUACCUUACUAAUGAUAGUAGGAAUGCUGCUACGCAAAGAUUAAACGCGUACAUAACAAACAGUCGCAAUAUUACGCGUAUCACGGAGCGGGAGGCCCGGCGUAGAUACCUGCGCACUGGCAGAUUGCAGGUCGUCUCCUUCCUCUCCGACCUGCCGAAGACCACCCACGACUUGAUGGGAUUCGCUGUUGACCUGCUUAUUUAUACUCCCGCCAUGAUCGUUCUGACGAUGAAUGGAGUCUUCAAAGAAACCACGACGAAUGGCAACCCAAUUCGUUCCUUCCAUAGGACGUUUGUUAUCGUGCCCAACGCCGGCGGUGGAUUCUGCAUCAUCAAUGAUAUGCUCUUCAUCACCAACACAACUAAGGAACAGGAUGAGAAAGCCUUUGUAAGUGGAGUUGCAGUGGAGCCAACUCCGCCCACUCCAGCGCCGACACCGACGCCCGCCAUGGUACAGCCGUCACAGGACGAGACGCAGAAGAUGAUGCUUACCAUGCUCAGCCAACAGACCGGCAUGAACGACCACUGGAGUGUUAAUUGCCUAGAACAAACAGGAUGGGACUUCCAACGAGCAUUAUUCGUGUUCAACCAACUAAAUACAGAAGGCAAGAUUCCUCCCGAAGCAUUCGUCAAGUGAAAUACGGAUAAACGGCUGUGUUAAUUGUACAUAUUAGUUACGAAGAAAAGAAACUUAUUUUUUUAGUUAACACUAUGACUUCUUGUCGCCUAGAUUAUCUAAAUAAGUGAUGGAUUCUUUGUGCUCAGAAUUUGGAGCAUGUGGUUUAAAUACUGUGAAGUGCACAAGGGUAAUUUGAGAGAAAUAAUCUUAACAAAAUUGAAGAAAGGGUGUUGAAUAAGAAUGAAAGUUGUGCAGCAAAGAGGAUUUAUUGUUACUUCGGACGAAGGAAAUAUGUGCACAACUUAAGUGAAAAUUAAAGCAAUGGAGUAUAAGAAUAAUGGUAUUAAGAUAAUCAAGCUUCGUAUAACUAAUGGAUUACACAAUAUCACGAUUGUGAAGAAAUAUAUUGAAAAAUUUGUACUGAGACGUACAUGCAGUAUGCUCCAGUAAGAUAUAGAAGAAGAUUCAAUCAGAAACCUUUUAAAUAUUGAAAAAACGUAUCAUCCAAUUUGGAUGAUCUGCAUUUAUACAAUGGAUAAUUCUCACUAGGAGAAGUAAAAUGUACUUCAUCAAAUGUAACUGCCAUUUUGAUGACUCAUUCGAGAGAUUUUCGUCUUUGAAAAGAUGAUUGCUUCAAGAAGAUACACCGCGGGAGAAAGUUACUUUUAUUUUAUGUAUCUGUCGUUUGUUCGUCCAUUCAAUGUUGAUGUUCUAUAUAUUUGAAAAGAUUUAAAAAAGUUUCUAAAAAAAGAUAUGAUUAGCAAAUUAAUUGAAAGUUAUGAUUGUAUUCAAGUUCUACAAAUGUAAUUAUUAUGUUUAAAAAGCUUAAUAUUUUUAGAUCGUCGUGCUAUGUGAGUACAAAAGAGAAAAAAAAACAUCGGUCGCCAUUGUUGUAGUUAGCGCCAAAUUAUGGUGGUCGCCAUCUUGAUAGUAUUUGCGUAUAGUUUUUGCUCAUACAUAGCACGGCCAUCUUCAACAUCAGCCAAAAUAAUUAUCAACACAAUUUUGUUUUUCAAAUUAGCUAAAGCUCUCUUCCAUAUUAACUUUGCCUUAUCAUAAUUAGAAAUUAUAUUUUCACGUGUAAGUAAAAUGAGAAUGCUAUAUUUGUAAAUUCGGGCAUCAUACGACGUCGAUUCAUUUCUACACCCCGAUUUUGUAUGGUGCCUAUUUAUUUUAUAUUCUUUUCUUUCUCAGUCUAUUUCAGACUUAAUGGAUAUAAUUUGCAAGUGCAUACUUUAUAUUGUAAAAGAAAAAAAAAGAUCAUUUGUAUUGCUUGCAGCUCUAACUAGCGAAGUAUAUGAAAAAAAUAUCAUAUUAAUAUUCGAAAUGAUUUUGUUAUUUGUAAAUAGUCAUUUUUUAAUUUUAGUUAAAUGUCGUUUGGGGUUUUUGUGGCCGCAGUGUUGGUGUGAUAAUGGCGAUGUUCCUUAAAGAUCGGCAGGUUUCUGGUGCUUGACGUGCAAUGCUGGGUUUGUAAGAAACCAGAUUGUUGUAUUCACAGUGCAGUGGGCGAUGGACCAUGCAUUACUGCGAUGGAACCCCGGGACUUGUGUCUCAGUGGGCUAGUCGCAGAACUAGUGAAAAAGUUUUCACUGAAUAUAUCAGAUAGCACUUUUUUACUUGGCCGUGAAGUUUGUGGACUGCCGAAAUCUUCCUGCGGCCCGGGUCGGGGCUUAGGUCUAACUUAAGAGUUAACAUUAAGACUGUUACUGAAGUAAAUAAAUCUUUCUUUUUUGGAUUGUA